AUGCCAAGCCUAUUCCGUUCGUACCUGACCCGGCCCUUCUUCACAACAGCCAAUGUGAUAUUCCUCAACGUGGCAGUUUCCCACUUGAUCAUGAUGAAAGUACGAGGGGUGAACGACGCUGAAUGCCGCGACCUUGCUAAAUCCUACCUUGCAUGUCGGAUGGAUCGAAACCUCAUGGCCAAGGACGAGUUCAGAAAUCUGGGUUUCGACAAUGGACCGAAACCAGCAAACGACCCAAACGGUCUGGCUUUAAGCCAAGCUCAAGCCCAGGGAAGUACUGGCAAGGACAAGGACGCAAAGCCCGGCGAAUUGCGAUGGUAA